AUGAGAAGCCCGGGCGUCGAGUAUACUGUACUAGUCUUUCUUUUUUCGCACGGCUUCCAUCACAUCACCUCCGCGGAAGACGUGCAAGCCUACGUCUGCGCGCCCUCUCCCCACCCCGCACCUUCAACCCUCGCUCCGAGAAACGGGGAAUUUUCUCGAAUUUUAUUAUUAUUUUCUAUCUCCGUCGGCUCUAGAGCCGAGACCGUCGUCUUGGUCUCUCGCUAUACGGUACCGCUCUAUAAAAUUCCCCCCUUUUUAGGACCCCUCCCCCUCCCCUGCGCCCGGCCGCGUCUACCUACAUCCCUUGUAGCCUGUAGCGAAAGAACUGCUGACCGAUUAUACCAAGUUCUGACGCUCGCCGACAACAACGCCCGGACCGUUCCAAUUACCUUUGUGCUACUAAUUGACGUCUCGACCAACCCAGAUGUACUGGUGUGCUAUGGUGGCGGUAGUUCUGGAUACGACCGCUCCGCCGUCACAGCGCUGUCUGUUGUCCAAGAUGGCCGGCGCUGUCAGAUGACGUCAUGGUUCUCCAGCCGCACUUUCCGAUGUUUAAGUGGUGUGAGCUCGUGCGUGUGUGUCAGGGGUUGUGCGGGAGUGCGGCAGUGUGUGAUCGUGCGGGAGUGAAGUUAUGUGACAUGAGUCCGUUUGGGAAUUUGCCGAACAAGGGUUCGCGAGUGAGUGUUUUGGUGAAAUUCAGUGGUGUUAUAGUGUGUGUGUUGUGUUUCGGAAUGGCGUGUAUUGG